AUGGCUAAUUUCCAAAUACAUGAAGACGUCGAAAAUGAUUAUCCGCAUGUAGCAGCCAAAAAACUCCUUACCGCCCAUGCUGAAGGAAACAAACAUGGACAGAAGAAACAUUUCUUAGAAAACAGAGAAACACUUCGGAUGAUUGAAAAUGGAACACGGGUUGAUGGUAAAAAAGUGAAGUUGUGGAAGAAUGAUAAUGAAAAAGAAAUAAUAAAGCAGGAACAAAAGAAUCAGCCAGAAGUAGAAGAGUUAUUUUUGAAAGUUGAGAAGGAAAAUAAAUUACUUCGGCCAAAAAAGGAGAGGGAUUCUUUUCCGUUGAGUCUGCUGCAUAAUGACGAAUAUAAACAGGAAAUAUGGCGUUAUUUACGGUAUAUGGAAGAAAGCAGCUCCCGACCCAAAUCAAGCUACAUGAUGAAACAGGUUGACAUCAACUGGCAGUCGAGAAGCAUCCUCAUAGAUUGGCUCUCUAGCGUCGCUGAAGAGUACAAAUUUUGCGACGAAACGUUCCAUUUGAGUGUGAAUUACAUCGAUCGUUUCCUCAAUCACAUUUCUGUGGUACGUCAGAAAUUCCAACUUGUCGGCGCAGCGGCCAUGAUGGUAGCCACUAAGAUGGAGGAAUACCAGCCGAUCGAUUCGCGGGAAUGGUCUUACCUUACGGGGGACACCUUCUCCCCGAAACAGGUGCUCAAGAUGGAGCAGCUCAUCCUCAAGGUGCUGAACUACAAGAUGCACGCGCCGACCAUACACGGGUUCAUACAGCAACUCUCCACCGACUAUGGGAUAGACGAGAAGACUUUGCAUUUGGCCAUGUACCUCAGUGAGCUGGUGCUGCUGGAAGGCGCCACCUACCUCGACCACUACCCCUCGAAGCUGGCGUCGGCUUGCGUCGCCCUCGCGCGCUUCUUGCUUUCGAAGCGCCAGGCGUGGCCCGGCGAGCUGCGGCGCGCCAGCGGCUACUCGUUGGCCGAGCUUGGCCCCGUCGUUCGGAGGCAGCACGAGACGUUCCGGAACUCGCCGACGAGGGAGCUGAAGGCCAUCAGGACAAAAUACUCGAGUCCGAAGUUCAGCCGGGUGGCGUUGGUGCGGCCAAGGAACUUGGUGGGGGACGAGUUUGACAAGGAGGAAUGA